AUGCGUCCUCCCUUCUUUCUCAUAUCUUUCCUUCUCUUCUGUGGCCGUGGAGUUGUCGGUGUAGCGUCCAGGCUUGAAAAGCGAGUAUUCAAUACGGGCUCCCAAGACACGAAUGAAUUAGCCCUCUCCAAGCAUUUUUGCGAUUCAAUUGAAAACACGCUCCUUUCUUCAGGCAGAGGAAAUGCCGUGCUCAAUGGCAAAGCAGUCUGGCAAGGCCUGGGAAUAAAUGAUCUCUUGACCCAAUAUCUCAUCGACAAUCCCGCUAUUGAUGAUUGGAGCGGUCGAUUCUACAGGGACGAGGCUGUCCUUGAAGUUCAACCGGAAGGUUUCAGCUGUCUCACGGAAAAUGACAACUGUCAGCCAAAGGUUGGCUGCCAAUUCUACGAUUCUACACAUGCAAUGCUUGUGUCUCUUUCCUUAGGCAACUUGCACAAAAUCCUAUCCGCGCAAAUUCGCGCCUAUGACCGUGCUAUUGAGAAGUUCGAUGAAUUAGACCAGAAUCUAGCAAGAACUUUGUUCAAAGACACAGCAUUUGGACGCGAUAGAUUUACAUUUGACGUGGCAGCCUUUUUCACUGGCUUUGAGUUGGGAAUUUCGCUCGCCUUCCCGGCAUUAGGAGGUUCUCUCACAACCGCCAUCAAAGAAGCUCUAAAAACUGGUCUUCAGACCGUCCGCGAUGCCGCUAUUGAUGCCGCAAUAGAUCUUGGAGAUGACCCAACCACUGAUGGAAAGCCAUUCGUCAACUCACUACGAGCAACCUUCGAGCCUCUCAAGCAGUCACUCCGUAAUGUCUUGCAUGCCUAUAUGGACACAGGAGCCACGGAUCCUGCCCUCGUUUCACCUCCAGCCGACACUGUCAGUUACCUCCGCGAUGGGGAUUUGGUCGACACCAUUCUCAAGUCCGAUGAUGAAUUAGUCGAAGAGGCUGCAAAGGAAAUUAUCAAGCAAACGGCUGCUCCAGUUAUUGCAGGCAUCUGGAACCAACAAGGUGUGAGGAUGGCUAAUUUCCCAGAGAACAACUGCGACCCGACAGUUUGCAAGGCUCUGGGAGGUGGAUUUUGUAGUCCUCUCCGCUUUCUCGCCACCGAUUUUGGGGAUCCAGUCUGUCUCGAAAUCGGCGUCGGCUUCGACAUUCCCGAAAAUCUUGGUGCUGUUUUGAACAGAUUCAAUAUCGGCUUCACGCAAAUUACCCUCAACGCUGUGAGGCUGUCUCUACUUUGUCACGAGAGCAAUAGCUUACCUCGCUCUGCUUUAGGCUCAAUGCUUGUUCUUGGGGAAGGAUGGGAUCUUUCCACCUGA